AUGCCAAGGAAUGCGAGGAAACCUCCAAGCUCCUCAACGUUACGCGCGUGCAUUAAUUGUCAGAAGAGAAAAACGCGUUGCUACCGAACGGGCUCUGACUCGGGGCCAUGUUCCUAUUGCGCUAGAAAAGGAAAGACGUGCAGCUUCGAAAGCCCACCCGAUCGGACGCCCUUAACCAGAAGGAAUUUAGAUGCAGCUGAAAAUCGGUGCACUAAGCUCCGAUCGCUUUUGCGCUCACUUAACCCCGAGGUGGACAUCGAAGCUGCUUUGGAGCAACUAAGUCCUGAACAGGAUGAUACAGAAUCGCCUAUUGUAGACGAAAAUUCGGAGCCCACUCCUGAUAGCUACGAGUGGCACGAAGGAUCUCUUUCGCCUGAAGACACAGUGCUCGAUGAAAAAAAAGCCGUAACCACUGACGGGAUGGCGACUCUUCCAACAAACGAUUCAGGCUAUUUAGGAUGCAGUUCGGGCUCACAGAUUCUCGAGGAGAUCGAUCCUACUAUUACCAAUCCCGUGGGCCAAAGGGGACGACGAAGAUCGCAUCGAAGAGUUCACCGACCAAAAAUUCCAUCACCGGAUCACUCAAGUCUAGCGCUUUCACAAAAGGAGAGCCAACUAAUAGACGCGUAUUUUCUACUUUAUAAUAGUCACUUCCCUGUUCUACAUGAGAAAACAUUCAAGAGUCGGGUCAGCGCAGGCCGGCAGAAUACCCCACCAUUCUCGCCAUGGCAAGUGAUAUACUACAUGGUUCUUGCUAUUGGUCACUGGGCAUUAAACAAAGAAGCAGACCACAGCCGAUCGAACUACUACGGUGCCGCUAGGUCGAACCUUUCUCUUCAGAUGCUUGAAUCUGGCACAGUAGAGACUGUGCAAGCAUUCCUGCUUAUGGGGAAUUACCUCCAAAAAAGAGAUCGAACAAAUACCGGGUAUAACUUCAUUGGUCUUGCCUAUCGAAUGGCAAUUGGUUUGGGAUUGCACCGAGAGCCGUCUGGUUCAGAUAACACUCUCGGUCAUGAACGACGAAGGCAUAUAUUUUGGGUUAUAUACUGCUUUGAAAGCGGAUUCAAUAUCACAACCGGUCGCCCGCCAACAAUUGUGGAUGGAUUCAUUGAUAUCCGACUGCCCAAAAAUAUCGAUGAUAAGACGCUAUCCUUGACAUCGGAAAUCCCACCAGAAGUGGAUUAUCCCACAACAUACACUGCAAUAAUUGCUCAGGCGCAGCUAGCAAAGCUUGCUGAUAUGAUCUACCACGAGUUCCUCCUAGCCAAGACCGCUGGCUCUAAAAUAGAAUACAGACUAGCCGAAUCAAUGGAGCGAGAUCUGCAGCGCUGGUAUAAUGCCUUGCCUGCUUUUUUCACAUCAGUUGAUGUUCCCUCGUGGUUUCGUGGGCCGCGGUCGAUUGUCCUCUGGAAAGAACAAAACUUACGAAUAUUACUUUGGCGCGGAAGUCAAAUGAAUCAUAGCUUUCUCCCUACAAAAGCCACGGCUGAACAAAAGUGCCUCGAUGCUGCAAUGGAUAGUAUCCAUGAUAUUGCUAAUUUCUGUACGACAUACGAAAGCAGUCUAUGCCAAAGCGUAACAUGGUAUGCCACCUAUCAUUUGCUACAGGCCACAUUAGUGCUUGUUGCUGGCUUCUUUGACAGAAGUGACCAAGCCCAAGUCCAAUCAUCAGAGUUAUAUUACUCUGUGUUCCAGUCCCGAAACUGCCUGAGAAUGCUAGCUGCUAGGAAUAAGUCUGCAGCCCGCUAUCUGGAAAUAAUUGAUCGGAUAUGCAGUCAAUUUCAGUCUCCGCUGCCCAACUUGGAGAUAGAUCAGCAUCCAAAUAGUCUUUCGGAUAUGCCGGUUGAAAAUGGGUUUGGAGACUUCACAAACAGUAUCCCUCAUACAGACCAAAAUUUCAUUAGCCUACCGAGUGAGAAUGACUUUGUAUUUCCCGAUGACAACCAACUUGCGAUGACUGACGACGGCACGACGGAUCCGAAUCUUCGCAUGCUUCUCAAUCAAGCAUCACAGGAUUUUACUGGGAGCAUGCCACUUGAUUUACUUUUCAAUGAUUGGAUGGACUAUACUGCAGGAUGA